GCGAAGGUCGAGGACAUCCAGGCGAUCAUCGACUCCCUCACUCGCAUUGGCGACGCCAACGGUGCGGCCUCCUACUCCAAGCUCCUCGAGGUUCGGAAGGCGCAGCAGGCGGCGGCAACCAUCGGCCCGCCCCUCCAGCACCGUGUCAACGCGGCUUUCCAGUCCGUGCGCGCAUUGGAGGGCAAGCUCGAGCGCGCCGUCGGCCACUACCAGCGCCUCGAGACCCAGCUCGCCGAGCAGAGGAACUGGGUCCACAAGCUCAACUCUGACUUGGAGGCCGCCGAGGCCGAGCACACCCAGCUGGUGCGCGCCCUCCACGCCAACACCUGCGGACCUGGCGAGCCCAGGGCUUCUCCUGCUACGCCAGUCCCCAGUGUUGUCACCAUCUCGAUUGACGACAUCCUCGAAGGGAAGUCCGACUUGCCCAUUUCGCUGGGCACCUUCGGGCAGCUCGACGGUGAUGAGUACGAGUUGGAUCAGACUACCAAAGACGAGGCAAAGAAACGCAUGGACACCCUGCAGGCCGACAUCAAGGCAGCCGUGGGUACCCUCUUCGGGGCAGCCGCUGAGAAGAUCAAGGCCGCCAAAGAAGAACACCAGAAGCUCAUCGGACGGCUGCUGCUGCACCCGCCCAAGCUGCAGACGCACCUGCUGAGCCCUCGGCCGCUUCUGAGCCUGCAGGAGGUGGUGGUGGAGCCCCGCCUGGCGGCGAGCACUCG